AUGGAGUCUGGCAUGGAGGAGAUCCCAGUUAAAGUUGCAGUUCGAAUCAGACCUCUGCUUUCCAAAGAAAUACUUCAUAACCACCAAGUGUGUGUGAGAUUAGUCCCAAAUACACAACAAAUUAUCAUUGGGAAAGACCGUGUCUUCACUUUUGAUUUUGUAUUUGGCAAAAACUCAACCCAAGAAGAAGUUUAUACUGUUUGCAUUAAGCCGCUUCUAGUGUCUUUGACUGAGGGAUACAAUGCUACAGUGUUUGCAUACGGACAGACAGGUUCUGGGAAGACUUACACCAUUGGAGGUGGCCACAUUGCAUCCGUUGCAGAGAAUGAAAAGGGUAUAAUUCCACGGGCUAUUCAGGAAUUAUUUCAGCAUAUUUCUGAAAACUGUAACAUUGACUUCCAUGUGAAAGUAUCUUAUAUAGAGGUUUACAAGGAAGAACUUCGAGAUUUAUUGGAGUUGGAGACCUCUGUGAAAGAAUUACACAUAAGAGAAGAUGAAAAGGGAAAUACAGUGAUUGUUGGUGCUAAGGAAUUCCAAGUAGAAUGUGCAGAUGAAGUGAUAAGCCUGCUGGAAAGUGGCAAUGCAGCUCGUCACACAGGCACAACACAAAUGAAUGAGCACUCUAGUCGAUCUCACGCCAUUUUUACCAUCAGUAUUUGUCAGAAACAGCCUGCAGAGUCUCAAAAAAAUACUGAUGCUGCACAGGAUUCAUCUUGGAAAUCAGUCCAGAUGAUUGCUUCAAAGUUUCAUUUUGUGGAUUUGGCAGGAUCAGAGAGGGUGACAAAGACUGGAAAUACUGGUGAACGCUUCAAAGAAUCAAUUCAGAUCAAUAGUGGUCUGUUGGCCUUGGGAAACGUCAUCAGUGCCCUUGGAGACCCAAAAAGGAAAAGUGUACAUAUUCCAUACAGGGAUGCUAAAAUCACUCGUAUUCUGAAAGACUCCCUUGGAGGAAAUGCCAAGACUGUCAUGAUAACGUGUAUAAGUCCAUCCUCAUCAGACUUUGAUGAAUCUUUAAAUUCCCUCAAAUAUGCCAACAGAGCCAAAAACAUUAGAAAUAAACCAGUUGUAAAUUACAACCCUGAUCAAGACCGGAUUGAUGAAAUGGAACUUGAAAUCAGAUUGCUUCGAGAAGCUUUGCAGAACCAGCAAGUCAGUAAUCAGUGUUCACACAACUCAAAUCAAGAAAGAACUCGUAUCAGUUCACUUGAGGAGCAGCUCACCCGGCUUCAGGUUCAAUGCUUCAGUUAUAGAAACUGUGUAGAUGAAGCCUUCCCAUUUCUGGUUGAUUUGAAUGAUGAUGUUAGCUUAAAAAGAAGUCAGCGGGACAGGUUGCAGAGCUGGAUCACUAUGGUACAGGAAGUAAGGAAGGAAGCUCUCACCAUGCAGGAAACUGACACAGGGACAGGGACCAGCCAAGAGCCACAUCACAUCACAAUUCUUCAGCUAAAGAGGGAACUAAAGAAAUGCCAGCAGGCUCUAGCUAUGGAUGAAGAAGUGUUUAGCCAGAAGGAUCAUGAACUGCAGAUACUGCAGAAUCAGAUAAAGACAUUACUACAGGAAAAUGAAGAACAACUGGAAUCUUUAAAGGAGGCUCAAGAAACACACAGAUUACAGAAUGAGAAAAUGGUGGAACAGCAAAUGCUUAUUGAUCAACUAAAAGAAAAAUUAGAGAAGUUUACAGAUGUGAAAACUUUGGACUUCUCAAGUGCUUGUGGAGAUGGGCCAGCUGUUGUGGCAUCUGCAAGGAGACCAUACAGCGUCCCACUCACAAAGAGUCUGCUACACUCCCUUCACCCACCUUCAGGGACAGAGACCCGAAAGGUGUAUACCAGCCCCCCUGCCUUCUCCCUGGCCCGGGUAAUGGCGGAAUUCCGUGCUCGCAGCCAGAUGAUACUGAGCAACAUAGAAGAUCAGGACAAAGUCCUUCACUGCCACCUCUCUGAUCAGAGCGAUGAAGAGGAAGAAAAUACAGACAGCAAAAAUAAAACUUCAUUUCAGCAUUCCAUAAACCGAACAUGGACACGAAAACAGGCUUCUCUGUGCUUUCUUUCUGAUCUAAGUGACAUGAAGUGUCAAGUAGACAAGUCUGGUUUAUCCAACAAAUCUGCACUACAGACUGACACAACCACAGGUGAAGAGAUUGACAGCCUCCAGAGAAGUCAUGUUUUUAACAUGCAGAAGUUAAAGAAUUCAGAGUUGAGACUCACUGAGGCCGAGCAAAAAAUAAGAGAACUUGCACUUAAUAUCAAAAUGAAAGAGGAACUUAUUAAGGAAUUAGUAAGAACAGGUAAGGAUGCUCAGUCUGUAAGCAGGCAAUAUUCUUUGAAGAUGACUAAACUGGAGCAAGAAUCUGAGCAGGCCAAAAUGGAACUGGCUGAAACACAAAAGCGUCUUCAGGAGCUGGAGAGUAAGGAGCUGAGAGACAUUCCUGAGAAAGCCAAGUUACAAAAAGAGUUCCGGAAGAAGAUGGAUGCAGCUAAGUUGAAAGUGCAGGCCUUACAGAAGAAGCAGCAAGACACUAAGAAUCUGGCUUCAUUAUCUAACCAAAGUGAGAGACAAGCAACAGAACUAGAGCAGAACGUGGCUCAGAUGAAGCAUCAGCAGACCCAGCUACAGAAGAGACUGUGUGAGGAGAGCGAAAAAAAGAAGCAACUAGAAGCAGAGAUUCAGCGGGACCAGCAACAAAUUAAAGAACUUCAACUGAAAAUGGAGCAACAACAGAAGAUCCUUAAACUUAAGGAUAAAGAGAUUGCUGCAUUUAAAAAGAAGAAAAAUAACUCAGUGGCAUCUUCACAGAAGCUACAGAAAUUAGAAGAGCAAAAGAAAUGGCUGGAUGAAGAAAUGGAAAGAAUUCUCCAACAGCACCAACAGUUAGCAGAACUAGAAGAAGAUUUAAAGAAAAGAGAAGCCAUUGUAGCCAAAAAAGAAGCACUGUUGCAAGAGAAAAGCCAUCUGGAAAUCAAGAAACUGAGAUCUAGCCAGGCUUUAAACAAAGAUAGUAUGAAAUUGUCUACUCGCUUAAGUAUGCUGGAUCGGGAACUGUGUGAUAAAGGUAUGCAGCUUCAGGGCAGCACCACUGAAGAUAAGACAGACAUUUUGGAAAAAAUUCAGGUUCUCCAGAUGGAAAGGGAUCAGCUGCUCAGAAGAAGGAGGAGUGUGGAUGAGAAACUGAAAGAUGGUAAAGUGUUGUCAACUGAAGAAGAACACGUCCUUUUCCAGCUGGAAGAAGGAAUUGAAGCCCUGGAGGCUGCUAUUGAUUACAAGAACGAAAGUAUUCAGAAUCGCCAGCACUUGCUUAGGUCAUCUUCUCAGAUUCUUUCACAGAGUGAGAAUAAUGUAAUAGGAAAACUAGUUUCCCUGUCUGCUGCAGAGCUCAGAGCUAUCCUCUUCAAAUAUUUCAACAAGGUUUGUUUUGGCUAA